UGAGAAAUAUAUUUUGCCCAUUGAAUAAAUAUAACCAGUUGCCUGUUAAAUAUACACAAUCUUUGAGUUAAAAAUGAUGCGUUACUCGAGAACGUGCAACAUUUUUCGAGUAUGGCGAAGAUUUUCAUCCAUCUCUGCGGAAUCGGUGCCGGUAACAGAAUCGAUAACAAAUGAUAUAUUUCGAACCAAUGAGUCUAAUCCAGUAAAUCACAGAGUUGAGCACAAUAGCCGUUUCUAUAGUAUUUCUGAACCUGUCAAGAAGCAACUCUUUGCAGGAGGAGGAUUACCAAAAGAAUACCAAUCGCUAAGUGAAACAUUAAAUGGAUUGUGUAUUAUGGUAAGAAAGCCUGCAAUUGAGCUUAUACAUUAUCUGAACAAAACAAAUUUUGAUGCUCCAGUUCUUAGAUAUGUGCUGUAUGGAAAGACUGGAGUUGGAAAAUCUCUUUCUCUAGCUCAUAUUGUCCAUUAUGGUAGCAGUGCUGGAUUUGUUUUAGUUCAUGUUCCGUGGGUUCCCAAAUGGUUUCAAUACGUGAAGGUUGCCACUCCUUCAUCAGUUCAUGCAAAUAAGUAUGAUCAACCAAUUGAAGCAGUAGAAUGGUUAAAGCAUUUUAGCACACAGAAUGGACAUCUGUUGGAUAAAUUAGAGCUGAAGACAAGUAACACCUACACUUGGAGUAAACGAGAAGUGACUGCUGAAGGAUCUCCUCUGAGUGAAUUGAUAGAUUUGGGUCUCAACAGGGCCAAAUAUGCAACUGGUUGUAUUGUUGCUUUGUUAGAUGAACUUAAAAAAGCCGCUUCAAGCAAACAAUGCCGCGUUCUCGUGGUUAUCGAUGGAUUUAAUUCUUUCUUUUCACGGAAAUCGAACGUGAUCAGGGAAGACAAAUCCAUGGUUUUACCCUCAGACUUUUUGCUAACGGAUGCAUUAUUGUCUCUUACAAGAAAUGAUUGGAAUAACGGAGCCGUCGUAGUAUCAGUUGAUCCAUCGGCUCAUCCUCCGGAACUGCGUGAAUCACCUCUGCCUAGAUAUCUUCUUGGAAAAACAGGUUUCGAACAUCUAGAUCCUUUCGUCCCGAUCGAAGUACAGAACUAUAAUGACAAAGAAUUUCGUUCGCAAAUCGACUAUUACAUUGAACGAAAUUGGCUUCAGCAACCGAAAGCCCGCACGGACAAUGGACGAGCUGAACUGAGUUUUACUAGUGGCAAGCAUCCAUACAGUUUAAUGAGACUUGUUGCUCCAUAUUGAUUGGAUGAUUAUUAACAAUAAAAAUAAAAGUCAAAUAA